AUGGAUGAAUAUACCGUGGAUGCCUUUGUCAACCGCGAUGAACCUCUGCCAGUGAUUGCGCCGGGAAACACAAACGACCUCUCAGACGUAGCUGAAGACUCCGACAAUGGAACACACCAUGAGCGAAAACGAGACCGUUUAAAGAAGCAUACCACGAGCUUCAAGGAGAGCUUCCUGAAAGGCUACGGGGGGUCUGAAUCUAAGAAUGGACCCAGCAUGCAAGACCGGUUGCUUGAGAGGUUAUUGCAACAAGUGAUCCCCGUCGAAGAUCUCCCUUCCAGCAGAGAGAACGAGCUGCGGGACCUGGCCCAGACUGAACGCCCCUCAUUCAAUAUCACAACAAUGUCUACCAAUUUCCGGCGCUUCAAUGCUCGCAUUGGUGUCGUUUUUGUCUUCCAAGCUCGCGUCAACCGUAUCCUCUCCUGGAGACAAUACUCACAUACGCUUUCCUUCCUCGCCGUCUACACAUUCAUCUGCCUCGACCCAUACCUUAUCUUCGUGCUCCCAUUUGCGAUUAUCCUCCUAGCCCUCCUCAUACCCGCCUUCAUAGCUCGCCACCCUGCCCCGCCAACCACAGUCUCCCACAACUUCCAGUACAGCACGACCGGGCCCCCUCUUGCCCCCGCCCCUACCGUAAAGCCCGUGAAGGAGCUCUCCCGAGACUUCUUCCGCAACAUGCGGGAUCUCCAGAACUGCAUGGAAGACUUCAGCCGCCUGCACGACCAUAUAAUCUCUGUAGUCACACCAUCUACAAAUUUCAGCAACGAGCCCCUCUCGAGCACCGUAUUCCUAUUCUCCUUCGCCACCGCCGGUUUCAUGUUCGUAGCUAGUCACCUCAUCCCCUGGCGCUUCAUCUUCCUGAUCAUCGGCUGGGUGAUCACGGGACUCGGUCACCCGACCAUCCAACGACAGAUGCAGAGCACGCACGAAGAGCACGUCGCGCCACACGAAGAGCAAGCGAAAUCCUGGCUCGACAGCUGGAUCGCGCGGGACAUCAUCCUCGACUCACCGCCGGAAUCCCGGGAGGUCGAGAUCUUCGAGCUGCAGCGGCGGUCGGCCGGUGGCGAGUGGGAGUCCUGGGUCUUCUCGGCGUCGCCGUUCGAUCCGCUGUCGGAGGCGCGCAUCAAGUCUGACCGGCCGCGGGGCACGCGCUUCUUCGAAGACGUGCAGCCGCCCAAGGGAUGGGAGUGGAGCGAGAAGAAAUGGACGCUGGAUCUCUGGAGCCGCGAGUGGGUGGAGGAGCGCAUCAUCACGGGCGUCGAGGUCGAGACGGAGGGCGAGCGCUGGGUCUACGAUAUCCGCUACGACGCCGAGGACGACACGAGCCCGGACGUCGAAACGCCGACGACUCGCGGCAAGGGCCUCAAGAUGCAGUCCUUGCCCAGCUGGGGAGAAGCGAGCGAUGUCGAGGGAGAGCGCGGUCGUAGAGGCGACUGGCGGAGACGCAGAUGGGUACGCAUGGUCAAGAGGAAGAAUGAGAAUCACACCCCGACUGCCGAGACGCAAGGUUCUUGA